AUACAUACAUUCAUAUAUAUCUUACUUUCUGUUGCCUGUCUUUUGAGCGGCCUUAUCUGUUUUGACAUCUUCUAUCUAUCUAUCUAUCUAUCUAUCUAUCUAUCUAUCUAUCUAUCUAUCUAUCUAUCUAUCUAUCUAUCUAUCUAUCUAUCUAUCUAUCUAUCUAUCUAUCUAUCUACUCACACAUUGCUCUUGGACUAUCCUUACUACCUGGAUCUAUCCGAUCAUCAUCAGCAUCAGCAUCAUCGUCGUUAUCAACUACAGGAAAACAAAAUAAAAACACCACGACACCAUGAGGGCGACAUGUAUGGUUAUUGUAGCUCUGUUUUUCUUAGUGGUCAGCAAUCUAGCGAUCGUUAUAUCGUUCGCUACCCCAUACUGGAUAGAGUUUCGAAACCCGGUCUUUCACAGUGGAGGUAACCAUCAUCGCGGCCUCUGGGCAUAUUGUGAUUCUUCCAGCUGUAAAUGGGUUUUCGACAACAACUUUCUUAUUCAAAAGGAUCUUGGAGUCUUGAUUCAAGUCACUCAAGCUCUCUACUCUUUUGGCGCCGUAUGUGGUAUCCUCAGUCUGCUUAUAGCAACAAUAGCCUUGUGUUGUGACUGUAAGUGCAAUGCGCACAAAGCCGUGGCCAUUCUACUUAUAUUGGCUGUGGUUUUUAUGUCAAUCGGCCUUGUAAUCUAUGGAAUCGCCAUGAAUAAAAAAUACGACGCGGCCAUCACUUGGAAUGAGACCUCGCAAGCCAUGAUUUGUUGGUCAUUUUGGCUGGGAGUCGGGGCAUGUGUGGUUAGUUUCUUUACAGCGAUCAUCUACGCUUUCGAAAGCCACGUGACAUCCUACAACUGAUUACUAACAAGCCAGUUUUGAGCAUAUCAACCAACCAACCAACCAACCAACCAAUCAAUCAACCAACCAACAAACCAUACACUAUUUUCACCUUUGGCAAUCAACAGAUAGUUGGACUACUAUCAAAAAUCACUACUUCUCACAACUGUUACAACAACUACUACUACAACUACAAACUCUCCUACUAUUACAAUUAAUACUACUAGAACAGCUACUACUAUUGCUAGUAUAAUCCCAGCACUGCAACCACUGCCAGUUCUAUGACCAUUACCAACUCCUAACUUACUAACUGCUAUUUACCAGCUCAAUAACUACCAUUACUAAAUACAAAUACUAUAGCAUUUACAAAAGGCCUCUACGUAGGGAAGAUGACAAUGCCAAAAUAAUUACAACUAACACCAGUACCACAGUAAUCGUACCAACUAAACCUUCUACCAAACAGCACGAUGACCACCACCACUUAAACCACCACCAGCACUAUCAUUACCACUAUCAAGUGCCACCAAUCCCUACCACACAACAACCACUAGAGCCCUGAAAUAAAUAAUAACUGUUGCAAAUACUGAGUCAUUGAGGGGACCACUAUAAGGUCGCUCGAUCUGCUCGCAAGAGCAGACAAAUCUCCAUCUUAUUGUACGCUACCAUCUUAAAAAAGGAAGGAUGCAUUCGGUAAUGUAAUCCUUAGUAUACAACAUUUGGACGAAAAA